AAAGCACGUGAAUAAUAAGUCAUCACGUGACUGUCGUUUCCAGUCAUGGCCGACGACUACAGGCGACAGGGUUUUGAGCUAGAAAGAAGGAUUUUUGAGUUGGACAAUAAGUGUGCCACCCUAAGGAUAGAAAAGCCAGAUGAUGACUAUUUACAGAAUGCAUCAGCCAUUCUAGACAAGUUGAAAAACUAUUACAGACAAGGUGGGGAGAGUGGCAGUCUCCCUAAAUUGCUGCAGGAUUACACGCAGGUGAUUCUGGAUAUCACGUUCUAUGAGGAGAAUAAGCUGGUGGACCAGGAGUUCCCGGAGGAAUGCUCCCCUUUCAAGAUCCAGGAGCUGCUGCAGGACUUGACCGAGCCGGAGGUGCUGUCUGGCAGACUGGCGCCGGCACAGGAGGUGCAGUCUGUGCUGGGGCUGGAGCUGCUUGAGUGCCUGUACUGGAGGCGUGGGGCGCUGCUCUACAUGUACUGUCACACCCUGCACCAGAGGAAGCAGUGGAUCAAGCAGAACAAGGCCACCUUCCUCAAGUGUCUCCAAGAAGGUGUCCGAUACCUUAUGAGGAUGUUGCAAGUACGGAACUCAGUCAAAUUGAACGAUGGUGUAGUUUUCCAUGACUCUACGACAGCAAACUUUCUGUCUGAAGGCAUCUUCUCAGACACACAUUUGCUGACCAUGAUGUACAUCGGGGAGAUGUGUUUCUGGGCGGUCAAGUACGAGGACUGCAAUGUGGACUCAAUGGAGCGCAAGGAGGAGCGGAUGCACUUCCGGGACAUCGGCACGCAGAUCCUGCACAAAUACGUGUCUGCAUGCGAGGGCCCGCUCCACGGUCAAGGGUGGAACACCGAGAACGCCAAGGAGAUCCUUAGCAUUUUACAAUAAACCGCGGCAGAUUGAGGGGUCCGAGAGACUGUUGUGUGAGUGUUGGGGAACACGGGAAUGACCAGGGGUCCCUUAAAAAAAAGUAUACUCUCUAAAACCUUGAAAAAAAAAAGAAAAAAAAGAGAAGCACUUACCUUCCAGAUUCCAGACUUCUGGCUGGACAUUUCUUUUCUCUGAGAAUGUGGUUACAUUUUUUUAAAAAAAAGUACAAUAUAAAAGAGAUAAAUCUAAACAAUCACAAAAGCGAUAACCUUUCUGGGAGAGAAACAUCACACAACCGUAGUUUUGUAUUUAUUAUUUUUUGCUUGUUUUUAUUUAUUUAUUUUAAUUUUAAUUAAUUACAUUUAUAUAUGACAGAAGGUACACAUACCACAGAUAUGUUAAUUCUACAUAUUCAGUACUCUUUCAAAUGCAAGCAUUUUUUGUUAUGCCAUCUUUAUAUCACUUUUGCUUAAAUGUAAAAAGUACACCUUUCUUCACUUUUGGCAAGAUGUGUUGUGAACAGAUGAGAGUUUUGAUAUUUUGAUAGUACAUUUCUAAAUGGAGAACUGUACUGUGUUGGUAUUCUUUCAAAAGUGCAUUUCAUUUUUUAAUGUUCUCAUCAAAAUAAAUUUUGGGUUAAAAAAUA